AUGAACAGCGAUACUACUGAGUGCUCGUGGCUGUCAAGAAACAAGUUUCAAGAGCUCCUUGAGCACUACCGGUCAUUGGCAUCACCUACACGACGAACGAAGGUCUUUAUUAAUCAGGAGAUGUAUAAUGACAUCAAAGGCGUAUUGGAGGAUUCCCGUUACUCUCAUCAGCGUGGGAACCGAUUUGGUCCCUGGGUGCGAGAACGUUUCAAGCUAACCGUUUUUGCGAAUGGUAUUACUAUCGUUACUCUUCUUCGUGAUGAAACAAAGAUGAUUGCAGUCGAGGAGCAAUUGUACAAUACAGUCACUCGUGCACAUGAAGAUUGCAGUCAUGGUGGUAGGGAUGCAACUUUGCAUAAGCUUAAGAACUACAUUUAUUGCCCAGACAGGUUUGUCCAACUUGUACUUAACCAUUGCAGCAUUUGUGCAACGACCAAUGCGCCCAACGUUACCCAGCGGGCUGCACAAGCAAUUCAUGCUUCGUCUUUUUUGGAAAUUGUUCAGAUGGAUUUGAUUGACUAUGGUGGAAAUGAGACUCCCGAUGGCCUACCACGCUAUAUCCUCCAUAUCAAGGACCAUCGGUCGAAGUUCUCUUGGGCGUAUUCUCUUUUGCGAAAGGAAUCAAGCGUUGUUGGCAAGAAAUUACAUGACCUUUUUUGUCUUGUUGGCCCUCCAAUCUUUUUACAAAGCGACAACGGCGGCGAGUUUACAGCACAAGCAAUGAAAGAUGAACUCUAA